GAGGACAUUGAUAUUUUGAGUUCCCACCAUCGAUGCGAAAACAGCCAUGAUUGCACCUCUGUACAGUGUACCCAUUGAGGCCCUCACCUUUACGUAUACUCUAUUUAACCUACACCUUGCUUCACUUUCCCUUAUCCAACGGUAACUAUUAUUCUUCAACUACCCUUUAAUUUGCUCAAACAGAUUCGAAUGAAAUUCAUAACUGUGUGUUCGUAGAGAGUGAUACAGAAGAGAACAGUUGUGAUUUUAGAGAAGGAGAGCGAUGGAUUUGAGUUCGUUUAUUACUUCCUUGACUACUUCGUUCAUCAUCUUCGUCAUUCUGAUGAUUUUGUUCGGCUGGUUGUGCACGAAACCAGGGAACACAGUUGUUUAUUACCCGAAUCGGAUCCUUAAAGGUAUGGAUCCAUGGGAGGGAAGCAGAUCGAAGACACGUAAUCCGUUUUCUUGGAUCCGUGAAGCUUUUUCUUCUUCUGAAGAUGAUGUUAUUGCCUUGUCUGGAGUUGAUUCUGCUGUUUACUUCGUCUUCUUGGGCACUGCAUUUGGGAUAUUUGUUCUAUCAGGUAUUGUAUUGCUACCACUAUGUUUGCCGCUUGCCACCACUGAAAAAAUCGCCCGAGUCGUGGAUUCAACUGGGAAAAAUGCUUUCAACGACCUAGACAAGCUUUCGAUGGCACAUCUCAAAGAACACGGUUCGCGAUUAUGGGCAUUCGUAUUAGCUUGCUAUUGGGUAUCGUUCGUUACAUAUUUCCUUUUAUGGAAAGCAUACAAACACGUAUCCGAUCUACGCGCCGCCGCAUUAAUGUCACCGGAAGUAAAAGCCGAACAAUUCGCCAUUUUAGUCCGCGACAUUCCAAAAUCAUCGGAAGACCUUUCUCCACAAGAACAAGUCGACACAUACUUCAAAUCAAUCUACCCCGAUACCUUCUACAAAUCACUUAUAGUAACUGAAAACAAACAAGUCAACAAAAUCCACGAAGAAUUACAAUUAUGUAAGAAAAAACUCACCCGAGCCGAAACCAUAAAAGAGAUGAACCCGGAAGCUCCGACUCCGACCCACAAAAUCGGGUUCCUUGGGCUCAUUGGUAAAAAGGUGGAUUCGAUUGAAUACUACAAUGAGAAAAUUACCGAAUUGACCCCUAAGCUUGAGGCGGCGCAGAAAGAAACGGUGAAAGAGAAGCAACAAGCGGCGGCGGUGGUGUUCUUCACUAAUAGAGUAACGGCGGCUGCGGCGGCUCAAAGCGUGCAUGCCCGGAUGGUUGACACGUGGACGGUUUUAAACGCGCCGGAGCCCCGACAAAUUUUAUGGACGAAUUUACCGAAAUCGUUUUACGCAAGGGAGAUCCGACAAUACGUUGUGUAUUUCAUCGUAUUCUUGACGAUAUGUUUUUACAUGAUUCCCAUCGGGUUGAUUUCGGCUUUCACGACGUUACCUAAUUUGAAGAAAUUGCUUCCGUUUUUGAAGCCGAUUCUUGAUCAGGAUAUGAUUAGAACAGUUUUGGGGGCGUAUCUUCCUCAACUUGCGCUUAUUAUUUUUCUCGCUUUGCUUCCGAAAUUUCUCUUGUUUUUGUCGAAGGCGGAGGGGAUUCCGACUGUGAGUCACGCGGAGAGGGCGGCGUCGGGGAAAUAUUUUUACUUUUCGGUGCUUAAUGUUUUUAUCGGUGUUACAAUUGGUGGGACCCUUUUCGAUUCGUUUAAGGAUAUCCAGGAAAAGCCUGACUCCAUAGUUGACAAGCUGGCAACAAGUCUUCCUGGCAACGCUACUUUCUUUCUCACUUUCGUGGCUCUCAAGUUUUUUGUUGGUUAUGGGCUGGAGUUAUCGAGAAUAAUUCCGUUGAUUGUAUUCCAUUUGAAGAGGAAAUAUCUUUGCAAGACUGAAUCAGAUAUAAAAGAAGCAUGGAUUCCAGGAAAUCUUGGAUAUGCAACAAAAAUUCCUAAUGACAUGCUAAUUCUCACGAUUGUUAUCUGUUAUUCGGUCAUUGCUCCUCUAAUUAUUCCAUUUGGGGCAAUAUACUUUGGACUAGGAUGGCUAGUCUUCCGUAAUCAGGUACUCAAUGUCUAUGUUCCAUCCUACGAGAGCUACGGGAAGAUGUGGCCACACAUCCACGUUCGCAUCGUCUCCUCAUUACUACUGUUCCAACUCACAAUGGUGGGUUACUUUGGAGUAAAGCAGUUCUACUUCACCCCAGUCAUCUUCCCACUUCCGAUAAUGUCUCUCGUCUUCGCGUUCGUUUGUAGCAAGAAAUUUUACAGGUUUUUUGAGUCCUCGGCACUUGAAGUCGUGAGCCAUGAGUUAAAGGAAUCUCCAAAUAUGGAUCGUGUAUUCAGAUCCUUCAUUCCUCCGUGUCUUAAUAAUGAAGAAGAGAAUGAAGAACAACAGUUGCUUAAUGCUGAGAGAGGAAAUGUUAAACAGUACGAUAAUGCGUUAUCGCAAGUUUCGAAAAUAGGGGCGAAUGUUUGAGAGGGAAGAAGGGGGUUGUUGUGUGGUUGUGAUUUGUGAUGGUGUGUUUGUUGAUAUGAUUAGUUAGGUAUUAGCUGUGUGGAUGUAUCAUGUAUUGUUUGUUGUUGAUAUUGUGUGUAUUCUUAGUGGAAAUAGAAUGUUAAAACUCCAAUUUGUAAGUUGUAACACACAUGUGGUUAAAAUAGAUAAUCUUGUACGGUUUGGUAAUUUUGUAAGCUGUG